AAAUCCACGCCUUCUGCAGGCUUUGUAGAAGCGUAAAAACCGGCGUGUGUGGUGAAAGAGAAAUGGCGGACGUGGUGUCUUCUUUCAUGUCAAUUGGCCUUAGUGAGCAGAAAGCUAAGGAAACGUUGAAGAAUGAAACACUUUCAUCAACACUCAAGAAAGCCAUUGAUCUGGCUCAAGGCCAGCUGGGGUCUUCUGCCAUUGACAAGAUCACUGGCACUCUGCUGUACAGUAUGGUGACACGACUUAAAGACACGAACAGGCUUCCCUUUCUCACAAAAUACAUCAUUUCACGAAAAAUCACAACAGAACUGCAGCUGUCAGCGGCUUUGGACUUUGUGAAAAGCCACCCUCAGGGCGAUGUGGAUCAGCGCAAGUUUGAGGUGGCCUGUGGUGUGGGAGUGGUUGUCACACCUGAGCAGAUAGAGGACGCAGUGGAAUUGAUUAUCAGGAAACACAAAGAUCAGCUGUUGGCAGAGAGAUAUCGCUUCAACAUGGGGAUACUCAUGGGUGAGGCCAGAGCCACUCUUAAAUGGGCUGAUGGGAAGAUUGUCAAGAAUGAAGUGGAUAUGCAGGUGUUGCACCUUCUCGGUCCAAAAACUGAGGCGGAUCUGGAAAAAAAGAGCAAGGCAGUCAAACCCAAAGCACCAGAAAAAGAUGUGAAGAUUGAGCAGGCUUCUGCAGUAAACGGUGAUGGGAACAUUGAGAAUAAGUCAUUGAUGGAGCAGCUGAGAGGAGAAGCUCUUAAGUUCCAUAAGCCAGGGGAGAAUUACAAAACGGAGGGUUAUGUUGUAACACCUAACACCAUGAACUUGCUGAAGAAGCACUUGGAAGAAACUGGAGGACAGGUCCGCACACGUUUCCCUCCUGAGCCUAAUGGUAUUCUGCAUAUCGGUCAUGCCAAAGCAAUCAACUUCAAUUUUGGUUUCGCCAAGGCCAACAACGGCAUCUGUUUUCUGCGGUAUGACGACACAAACCCAGAGAAAGAGGAGGAAAAAUACUUCACCGCCAUCAAAGACAUGGUGGAGUGGCUUGGAUAUGAACCAUAUGCUGUUACACACGCCUCUGAUAACUUCCAGCGUCUCUACAAUCUUGCUGUUGAUCUCAUUCGCAGGGGUCAUGCAUAUGUGUGCCACCAGCGCGGAGAGGAGCUCAAGGGUCACAACGUCCCUUCCUCUCCCUGGAGAGAGCGACCCGUGGAAGAGUCUUUGGUUUUGUUUGAGCACAUGAGGAAGGGAAUGUUUGCAGAAGGGGAAGCCACUCUCAGAAUGAAGAUGGUCAUGGAAGAUGGCAAAAUGGACCCGGUGGCAUAUCGGAUCAAAUACACGCCGCAUCACAGGACUGUUACACUCAAGGAGGAUCCAGGAAAGAUAUGAUCAGACUUCAGGACAGAGACCGUACUUUGACUACAUUUAUGCAUCACAAACCUGUCAAUAAAAUCUAAUUAACCAGGGAA